UCAGAUUCCAGAUCACAUCGUGCUUCCGGCAAAAAUUUGUUUUGACUGAAAUUGAAAUUGUUGAAAACGAACACCAAACAUUGAAACUUCAUGAAUAUAUGAACUAAAUUUGACAGCAUGGACGAGUUGACAGCUAAACUUGCCUGUGACUUUUCUGUCAGUAGUGAUCCAAAUAGCACAGCUGCUGUUCAUCCCAGAUUUUCACAGUACAAAAGUCGAAAUCGCAUUGACCAGGAAACCAGAAGAAAUAGGAUAUUAGAAGAACAAAAGAAGCACAGAUUUGAUUAUUUGAGUCAUGUGCGGAACCUUUCCGAGGGACAAUGGGAUAACGCUGAUGCAGAAUCUGUUGACUCUCAGGAAUCAAUGGAUAUUCAAGUCACAGAGGAAAAUGUCAAUAUCAGACGUCCUGGGAAAUAUUAUAGAAAUCAGUUAAUGUAUUCUGAAUGGUUAGUAGAAGUACCAGAUGAUUUUAUGGAGAAUUAUUUAACAGUUGUGUGUCCUGUUGGUAAAAGAUGUUUGGUGAUAGCUUCACGGGGGAAGACAACUGCAUAUGCUAAAAGUGGCUACCAGGUGGCUCAGUUUAGGUCACACUUUCCUGGUGGUAACAAAAGCACUUUUAAAGAUAAUGCUAUUCUUGACUGUAUAUUUAAUGAAGCUGAGGGUAUAUACUACAUACUAGACAUUAUGUGUUGGAAAAAUCACCCUAUUUAUGACAGUGAGACUGAAUUCAGAUUUUUUUGGUUGAACAGUAAAAUGUCAGAAACAUCAGAAGUGAUGACAAAGUCAGAGGGUAAUCCAUAUAGAUUUUUGCCAUUGUCAAACUGUCCGCCUUCAAAAGAAGCCAUUGGUGCAGCAGUUGCAGGAGCUGCAUUUGAGGUGGAUGGAUUGUUAUUUUAUCAUAAGAGAACACAUUAUACAUUUGGUUCAACUCCUCUUGUAGUCUGGCUUAAACCAUACAUGCUUCCUGAAAUUCUGGGCAUGACUGUUCCAGAAAAACUAGCAGCACAAAAACCUGAUAAUUACACUACGUAUGCUGCUCAUAUGGAACAGGUUGCCAUAGACAAGGAAAAAAAAGAGGCAGAAAUUAAGGCUAAAAAGGAAGCAAGACAAAAAGAGUUUAAGGAAAAAGGAGAAAAAAUGGAAACAACAGGUGAAAAAGGGAAUAAAAAGAAAGGUAGAAGAAAUAAUAGACAGCAUCAACAGCAGAAUCAAGGCUACAAUUACAGUGGCUAUGGUUACGGUAAUCAGGAUUAUUAUGGACAACAGGACUAUUACUAUGACGACCAAUAUGGAAAUAAAAAGGAAGAUGAAAUGGAACUGAUGCAGUCUGAAUGGAUGACAGCUUUACCAGAGAAAUUUGAGACAGAUUGGUUUAUGAUAGCUUGUCCAACAGGAAAAAGACAAAUGGUUAUGUCUGGAAUGGGUACAACUUGCUCACAGAAUAAGAUGGGGAUGGUGAUGGAUGAAUUUAGAUCCCUUUUUCCUGGAGGCAAUCCUAGUAACAGCAGAGGUUCAUGUAUCCUGGAUUGUAUAUAUAAUAAAAGUGAGAACACAUUCUAUAUUAUUGAUGUCAUGUACUGGAAAGAUCAAAGUCUACAGGAUUGUGAGGCUGAUUUCCGAUAUUUCUGGCUGAAACAAAGACUGAAUGAUGAGAGACUAUGGUUGGAUAAAGUUUCAAAGUUAAAUGAACACAAUUUUGUUAUGGUAAAUGAUGUUCCAUGUACAAAGAAGGCAAUAGAACAGGAAAUGAAUACUGUAACAUAUCAGAUUGAUGGAUUAUUAUUUUACAAGCGGUCAUCUCCAUAUAUAAAUGGUGUGACAAGUGAUUGUUUAUGGUUGAAGCCUCACAUGUUGCAGGACUUAAUGGAUGAAGACAUCAAAAUUCCAGAAUUUCAAUUAUCAAGAAGACCAGAAUUGUUCAAAUUUGAAGAACACUUAGAGAAAGUGAAAAAAGAAAAAGAACAAGUAAAAAAUAAAUCAAAGCCAAGAUGGGCAAAGAAGCCUAAGGCAAACAUUAGUCAAUUGGUAGAUGAAAUUAGUCAGUUAUACAUUGAGAAAAGAGGUGGGAAUAUACCGGAAGGAGUUGUAUACAAUCAACCGCAACCUGGGCAAGAGUUUAAACUAGGUGCUAUUGGAACUGGGAGAGGACGUGGCAGGGGUAAAAAACCAAUAAUCAGCCCUGCUAGAUUUAAUCCUGACCAGUUCCAAAGACCUGGGAAUUAUGUUGGGGCAGAGGAUUAUCAGUAUGAUGGAGAAACAUUUGCUCAUUUAGGAGGAUACCGCAAUCCAAACACUGAUCUGGGCGUAUUAGAUAUGCCGAGGGGUGAGGAGGUAGCACAUCUUGGAGCCUUUCGUGGCUAUGAUGAAUGUCCUGACUUAUACAAUUACCAAGGAUAUGACUAUACAUGGGGUGAUCCUUCAGGGAUGGGUUUAGGGUUGGGUAUGGAUAUGGGUGUCGGUAUGGGUAUGGGUAUGGGUAUGCAACAGACAAGGAAGAAAGGCAUGGGGAGGGGCAUGCUAGGACUCGGAGUCAGCAUGGGUACGCCUCAGUACAAUAUGUGGGGAUACAGCACUGAUAAUAAAAAGACAAGAGGAAAAGGUAGAGGUGGACUACUUUCUGACUAUAAGAAAACACAUAAGUGAAAUUUACAAUAUACCCUGUUUUUUUAAGUUGCAAGAAUGAUUGACGAUAACUGAUAUGUUUACCGUAUGCGUAUCUGUUAACGAUUUGUUAAAUUAUUUUAACAUCAUGAUAUGUAUUGAAAAAUUAUGCUUUGUUUAAAAGUUGAGAAAUGAAUUUCAUCUAAACUUUUGUAUUUUGAAUUAGACAUUUCAGUAACCAUAAGAAUUGGGUAUUUCAUAAUUUUAUACAAGUUAUAAAAAAAUUUCCGACUGGAAAUUUUCAUAUUGUUGUGGUUAGCUAGAGCUGUGUAUAUUGAUUGUGUAGAAUAUUUCUAAAACGUGUGCUUAUGAAUUUAUUGACGGAUGCUAACUUUCAUGUACUUUCAUGAUUAUAGAUUUUAUCCUAAAAUUUUCUUGAAAAAAAUUCAAUGUAUCUACAUUCAAAAUUUUAUUUAAAAUGUAUAUUACUGAACUUUUAAAAAGAAAUUUGGGGAGCAAGUGAGGGGGUAUAAAUAGAAGCAUUAUUUUAUAAUAUAGUAUUAAUGUAUGGACUUUUUCAUAUUGGCCCUGUAACAUGCCCGAGGUGUUAAUAAUGGCCAAGGAUGGUUGUAAUGGCCCUGAGGCAACGCCGAGGGCCAUUACAACUGUCCGAGGCCAUUAUUAAUAUCAAGGGCAUGUUACAGGGCCAAUAUGAAAAAGUCCAUAUAUUGAUACUUUUAUUAACCAACUAUAAUGGCAACUUCAUUCAAGAACAGUCUUCGAGUCUCGGAUACAAAAUUAUACAGCUAUCCACACACUACAACAGGACCAGUACAGAAAAGCCCGUUUCAUAACAUUUCUUUUUUAAAAAUGGUUUUAAUUCUUCGAUUAAACAAAGAGUAAGAAACUUACCGUGAAGAAGAUACAGGAAUUUCAUAGCUGAACUUCAACUUGUCUUUUCGCAUGGAAUUUUAGUCAACAUUGUCAUUGUGACUGUCAGAUGUAAAUUCUGAUUUCUCAUCCAAGUACUUAAUUUUAUGCUAUUUAAUAUCAUUUCAUCUAGCAAAUAAAAAGUAGCUGGGAAGAAUAAAUCAGACAGUUUAACUAUUUUAAGUCUGCAUUCUGAGGAUUGAACAACGGAAAUAAAACAGUGAUAAUAAUCGGAAGUCGUACUCGAAAAAGGCUGUGAAAUAUUUCCGUUUUAAGUCGUUACAAAACAAUGUCAUUUAAACUUGUUUUUAUGAAAUUAAGUUUAAAAAAGAAUAAAAAAAUGUCACACUUAUUUAAAGAAAUAAAACGACAUUUUGAUUUAAUCGAUGUCCCGUUUCAUCUGUUCAUAAUGCAUGACUGUGAUUUCGUAAUGCACGGGUGUGAUUUCGUAAUGCAUGACUGAGAUUUCGUAAUGCAUGACUGAGAUCUCGUAAUGACUGGCUGCAGCAAUUUCUCCGUUCAUAAUGACCAGAUGUCGAAAUUUUCCUUUUAUAAAGCAUGGGCAUUUCUAUACAUAUUGUAGUAAGUUGGUUAAUAAUUGAAAAUAAAGUCCAAUUAUUGAUAAAUGAUAAUGGAUAAUCAUUGCACACACAUUUUUGGAUCAUUAUAUUUAAGCAUCAAUCUUGCCUUAACACAUAUAUAUAUUCACCUCUACAUCUUAGUUUAUAACAUAAGUAGAUCUUUCGCGUAAUGCUGAUGAUAAUUUUCAAGUUUUAAUGAGAAUAUCAUACAUUUUUAUUAAUAAUUCAUAGAAUGUCCUAGUCAUUAAAUAUCUUUAUUUAAAUAUUUAUAGCUGGUUUGAUGUAUUGCAUUAUAAAAUCAUUUGAUUAUUGGUAAAACUGAAACCCUUUUUAUUAUGGGAGAUCAAUGUAUUAUCAUGUCACUCAUAAUGAAUUCUGAAUGAGAUGUACAAUAAAUGCAAUUUAAUGAGAACAUUAAAAUCAAAUUUAUAAAGUUUAAAUAAUUAUCACACUUUUAAGAGGGAUGAUUUUAUGUAUACAUAUGUUUUAGAGAAAAAUAUAAUUUUGUCAUGUGUUCAUGGGGAUGACUUUAAUUAAGAGAGGAAAUAGUGUAUUAUUUCCAUAUUUUUUCUGUUUUUGUUGGUGCUGAUUAGAUAAAGUAAGUAUUGA